UUUCUGACAAGUCAAGUUUCCAAUCUCGACUGAGUGUCGUCAAAGAAAAUGAAUGGUACACGAAAACAAAAAGACAAUGAAACUCCAGGAUCCCGCGGGAGGGAGACAAACAAGACCAAACACAACUCCCCGCUGCUCCUUUGUCCGGCCCGGCAUGCACAAUGCAGCGUCGCCGACCGCCUUUAUCCUUCUACUUUGGCACGCAAUGGCUGCCCGUCGCUUAGUCGAUCAUAUACGCCUUUCUAUAAAACGAUCCCGCCCUUGUCCAGUCGUAACCAGGCUACUCCAUCCCUCCUGCUCAGCUCCGAGUCCCGAUACCCCCUGCAUCUUAUAUAUUCCAACAUCCAAGGCAGGCCUUGGCAUACCCUGGUGGAUUUCGUUUAACUAUCUGAAUACCCAUAUUCGCCACUCCUAUCUCGUCCUCACCUCUAGUUCGAUCCCUGAUGGCUCAUUGCGCUCCUACCGCUUCAUCUUCCCGCACCAUCUUGCCUCCGCUUCGCACCCUUCUUGAAAAUCUCAAGAUGAUUGACGAGAAUACAGAGCUCCCCUCCCUGGAACGAAUGUAUGACCCUCAUGAAUUGAACCGGAAGACGGCCCACUUUCACCUCCCACCUUCCUCUUCCUUUGUCCGUCAAAGGCAGCAGGUAUCUGCUUUUCCCAUCACGACAUCACGAACACCCUCCCCUGCACCCAUUUGCGUACCGUCGUCUGUUCCUUUCCCCGAUCCCCAAAAGCCGCCGUGUUUACAACAGAAAAUCCGACUCGUGCCGACUACUUUGGAGAAUGCGGAUGCCGUUGUGGUGAUACCUCCUUCCCUCCCCAUAUCCCAGGGGCGUCAACCCCAGCCUCUCCUUCUUAUGGGUCCUGCCCUCCAGCGCUUUCGUCAGCCGAACCGUCGGCUGGCCAAGGGUGCACGCGUGCACCCUUACCAGAUGGUCCGCGGGGCGACCAGUUCUCAGGGGCCCCAACGCCCCCCGAUGACACCUACCAACACGAAUACAAAUUAAUGUAUAAUAUACACAGACAAUGGUUGAAAGUUGGGACUGCGUCAAAGUCUCCAGCUUGUAUUCUUGUAACAUUGUUUAAUUGUAUCAACAGUGUUUACUUGUAGCUUUUCAUUAUAGAGGCAUAGAGAGAGAGAGAGAGAGAGAGAUGUGGAUAACAUAAACGAGACAUUCUGUAGUUUACUGAUGAGUAUAGUUGCAGUGGUCGACGCCCUCCACUGGAUCAGAAGUUUUAGGCGUGGAUGAAAUUCCUGGACGCCGUUAGGCCCAGGUCUGUAAAUUCUUUGUCGUUCACGAUCGUACCGGACCGUUAACUCCGGUCACGUGCAGAGGGGGGGGACAGGCUAUACCUCGUACUUCGAUAGACUUCAUAAGUAUGGACACCACACGCACCCUCCAAAUGCGUCCAGGAGCGCCCGGAGG